UAAGGAAUUCUCAAUUAUACUUAAAAAAAACACUAACAACAAUAGUCACAAAAGCACAAUCAAAUCACGCAAUUGAAGUAAUUGUUUACAUUGAUGUAGAAAUUAAUAAUAUUAUCAUAUUAUUAGACCGCAAUGACGACACAACUAAUAAAGCAUUUAUAGACGAUAUCAAACAAUAUAACCCAUCUAUAUAUUAUAGAGAUAAUCCAAAACGAAAAAACUCUCCUAAUUCAAUCCACAGUAAACGUGGAGUAAAAUUGCUAAUAUUAGGUGGGGAUGAGAUAUAUAAUAAAGGCUAUGACGAAAUAUGUACGGCAGGUUUUUGGGUAAAAGAUGUAAAAAAACCUGUUGACGAUUAUAUAGUAACUGCAGCACAUUGUAUUGAUCCUAAUAAUUUAAGUCCUGUUCAUAAUUUUUUUCAACGGGCUCCAUUACAACAACCAGAACUCAAAAAAAAUCUUGGACAAAUGGAUUUGAUCAUUACAAAUAUGGUUAGUGAUGGAGGUGAUAGUGGUUCGCCUGUAAUUCAUUUACAAGAUUUACAAAAUUUACCUUGGGUGGGUCUAAAUGGUUUGCAUAUAGCAGGCGGUUACUCUCGUAAAUUGGGUUAUGUUACUUUAGCUUUAAAAUUAGAAAAAAUUCUCAAUACAGAUAAAAUAGAACUUGUUUUAGGCGAAUGA